AAAUAAUGCCAUUACAUAUCCAACCUUCACACUCUCAAAAUUGUGCCUUCUACCUUUUCAAUUACUUUCCACUCUACUGUUAGAAGCAAUGGCAGAAGCAUUCCUGUCCAACCUUGUAACAAGGGUAGCUUCAAAGCUGGUUUUGCCAGCCAUUAAAGAGGCUAAGCUGUGGUGGCGUGCUAAAGAAGAGUUCAACAAACUCGAGGAGACAGUUUUAACAAUCCAAGGUGUGCUUAUUGAUGCAGAGCAGCAGUACUCUCAGAGUAAUCAAGUUAGAGUUUGGGUUGAUUCACUCAAACAAGCAUUUUACGAUGCGGAUGAUUUAUUGGAUGACUUCUCCACAGAGGAGGUACGCAAAUUUCCUUAUAGUGUUGAAAUGGUUUCUAAGAUUAAGAAAAUUAGAAGGAAGUUAAAUGCGAUUGCUGAAAAUAGGAAGUUUCACUUAGAUUCUAAUCGUCAUGAAAGUAUAGAUUUUAUGAACAUUCAUGAUGGAAGAGACCAGAUUCACUCCUCUUUACCUGAAAUAGUCAUUGGCAGAGGAGAUGACAAAAAAAAAAUUAUGCAGUUUCUUUUGUCUUCCAAUUCUGAUGGAAAUACGUUAGAAGGGGAGACAAAACUGGAUCCACUGGUCUCGGAAAAUGUGCUGAUUGUUUCUAUAGUGGGCAUUGGAGGUUUAGGGAAGACAACACUAGCUCAACUCGUCUUUAACGAUGAGGAAGUGUAUUUUGAACUAAAAUUAUGGGUAUGCAUUUCUGAUAAUUUUGAUGUCAAAGCAAUAGUUGAAAAGAUUUUAGAAUCUAUUCCUGGUCAAAAACCUGUAAAAAAAAAUUGUGAAAUGAAUACCUUGAAAAAUCUUCUCCAUAAAAAAUUAAAUGGCAAAAAAUAUUUGCUAGUGUUGGAUGACGUAUGGAAUGAGAACUAUGAAAAAUGGUUUCGCUUGAGGGAUUUGUUACUUGGAGGUGCAAGUGGAAGUAGAAUAAUAGUGACCACACGUCUUCGAACUGUUGCGUACAGAAUUAGAUCAAAUUUAACUUAUGAAUUACGAGGUCUAAGUGAGGAGGAAUCUUGGUCUUUGUUCAAACAAAUGGCCUUCAAACAAGGGAAAGUGGAAAAACAAAUGGCUCAAACAGGGAAAGCUCAUUGGCUGCAUCGGCUGAUAUCUGAUUGGCGAUCCUUCAAAGAUAAAGAACUAGCAAAUAUAGAUGAAGAAGAUGCUAGUAUUUUACCAACUCUUACGUUGAGUUAUAAAAACCUGCCCUCACAUUUAAAAUGUUGCUUUGCUUAUUGUAGUUUAUAUCCAAAAGACAUUGGGAUUGAUGUGAGGCUCUUGGUGCAUCGCUUGGUGGCACAAGGGUAUAUUAAAGCAUCAGAUCCAAAGCAAAGUCUUGAAGAUAUAGGUUUACAAUACUUUGAAAAUCUUUUAUUGAGGUCUUUCUUUCAAGAUGUAGAAGAAGAUUCAUUGGGUAAUAUAAUAAAAUGUAAAAUGCAUGAUUUGAUGACUGAUCUGGCUAUGGUGGUGGCUGGAGAGGAGAUUACUCAAUUAAAAUCAUAUGCAGAUUGUCAUAAUGUGAAAGAAAGAACCCGGCAUUUAUCCAUUGAUUCUGAAGUUCUCUUAUGGGAACAAUUGGAAAGUGUCUUAUCUCAUGCAAGCAAGGUGCGAACCUUGCUAUUAUUCAAUAGGUCAAUGAUAAAUGAGAUCAAAGAAGAACAGUUGGACGUAAUGUUUUCUAGUUUAAGACGAAUAAGAGUGUUGUAUUUGUGCAAUUUGGCAAUUGAGAGAGUGCCUCCUUCCAUUAACAAACUGAAACACAUAAGGUAUCUUGAUCUUUCUCAAAAUAAUGGCAUUGAGGUCCUUCCUGAUAGCAUAACAAAACUACAAAAACUAUUAACUCUAAAUCUAACGAAGUGUAAAAAGCUUAAGCAGUUGCCGAACCAUAUGAAAAAGUUGGUAAACCUCAGGCAACUUUACAUUACAGAAUGUGUGAGUUUGACUAGUAUGCCAUGUGGGCUUGGUCAACUGACUUCACUUCAGAAUUUGCCAAUGUUUGUACUGGCAAAGGAUAAUGGCAUCUCAAAGCAUAAUGGUGGGCUUGAUGAACUCCGUACUCUAAACUUGAGAGAAGAUCUACAAAUCUGUAAUUUGCAAUAUGUGAAAAAUACAACAUCUGAAUUUGGGUCAGCCAAAUUGGGAGAGAAGGAACAUCUUCAAACCUUGCAUUUAGCAUGGAAAUUGGGUGCUCCGUAUGAUGAUACGGAUAACAAUCCAAAUGAUGAUGGUAAGGAAAUAUCAUUAGAAGACCUGCAGCCUCACCAAAAUCUAAAACGGUUGAUGGUGUCUGGAUGUGGAAAGCUGAAGUUUCCAAGCUGGGUUUCUACUCUCUCUAAUUUGGUGGAACUUCGAAUUAAUAACUGCAACCACUGCCAGCGCUUCCCACCGUUAGAUCAGUUUGCUUCUCUUAAAUAUUUGUCAAUUUUAAAUUUGACAGAUUUGGAGUACAUAGAGAGUGCCACAGGAUCCUUUCCUUCUUUGGAGAAACUUUGGCUUGAAAAUUGCCCUAGUCUCAAGGGAUGGUGGAUGCCUCAGUUGCUUCACUUCCACUGUCUUACUUAUUUGGAUAUCAGGUCCUGUCCUAACCUGACUUCAAUGCCAUUGAUUCCAUCGGUUGAGACAUUGUUGCUGAGAAAUAUCAGCAUGAGCUCAUUAGAGGAGAUACUAAAGAUGAAGAUUUCAGUGGUACAAGGUAUAUCCUCUUCUCCUUCUUUUCCAGCUUCUCCUGUUGUCUCUCAAUUGAAAAUUUUGAGCAUUACGAGAAUAGAGGAAGCAGAAUUUCUGCCAGAGGAGUUGUUUCAGAACCUGAGUUCCCUUCAACAGUUAGAAAUUUCUGAUUGCCCAGCCAUAAGAACUCUAUCUCCUGCCAUAAAGCAUUUGACAUCCCUUAAGAAACUUCUCAUAUGGGAUUGUGAAGAGCUAGAUUUUUUGGAUGAUGAGAAUGGAAGUGGUAUGCAGUGGCAGUUCCUAGGAAACCUCCAAGAGGUUCAAUUUAAAAAUAUGGGAAAAUUGGUAUGCCUUCCAAAGGGCCUCCAACAUGUUACUACUCUAAGCAAACUCGUUAUCGAAGGUUGUCCUAAUUUGAUGUCUUUACCAAAGUGGAUGAGAAAUCUCACCAGAUUACAAUAUCUAGUGUUGGACAAAUGUUCUGAUCUGUCGGAAAGAUGCAGUACAAUUUUGGGUUCUGACUGGCCCAAGAUUGCUCACAUCCCAGGUAUUAGGAUCGAUGGAAGAUGGAUUCACUCGGAUGGCCGUCGCAAACCCUAUAAUCAGGGUAGAACUGAAAGCCGUUUGGCUUAUGGUAUGUAGCUUUGCCUCCUCAAAGGGUGCCAAGAUACCAAUUUGACACCGAAUAAGGGAAAUUGAUUCAAAAAAUUUAUCACAUUUUUAUUCGGGUUCACUAAACCUCUUGCAAUACUGUCUCUUAUAUCCUAAAUGGAUUGUUCAAUAAUGUCAAAUUAAGGAUUGUUGCUAUCAGCUUCUUAAACUACUGAGCUGAAAUGGAAGGCUGUGUCCUCUAUCAACUUCUUUCAAGUUUUGACUUCCCUUAAAUCAUUUCAAAAAUGGCAUCCAAGCUUUUGCCCCCAAAUUAAAGCCUUAUCUCGGGGCUUUUGAUGCACUGUGUACUCCCUGCUAGAGGCUCUAGAUGUGUCCAACUUUGAAUGUUCCAUGCAAAGAUCCUCUGAUUCUUGUUAUUGAUCCACUUUUUCUCGUUCGAGGCGUUAUUCUUCGCUGAUCCAAUGCAUCUUUCAGUGCUCUCUCCUAAUAUCCCAAACAGAAAGGGUAUUCAGUGGUCUCAAAGUUUCUGUUGAAUUCAAAAGGGAGAGAAUCGUUUGCUCUGAAAUCCAAGUGAGAUUCAACGUUUGACAUCCUUCAAGUUCAAGUUAAUCCAAAAACACGACAAGGGAAAGUCAAGUUGUGCUGUAAGGAUGAAAAGGUUAACUUUUCCCAACUAUUGUUCUAUGAACUCGGAGAGUUUAACUUUUUCCCUAUAUUAAAUUAUUUUCUCCAACUUCCCACCACUCCAAAAAAGCUUUGGACUUUACAAUUUCUGCUACUCUGCCUUUCUGGAAAGGGUUCAUACCACACAUCAUAUGUUUCUUAUUAGCAUUUAUAGUUUUAUAUAGUUAUUCUCCUGGCAAUGGCAACACUUCCAACUAACUGUCAUUAAUCAAGUUGUUCUUCCCUUUUAUUCUCUCUGCCUUAUUCCUAUGUAAAUUUUAUCAACAGCCUAUUUCUAGUAUUCUUGUUUAGGACAAAAAGUGAAGCUGGCACUAAUGGGUUUGGAUGGAGGUAAAAUAUAGGUGGAUGUAAAAUAGAGGGUGAAAAUGUCUUGAAAUUUUCAAAAUCCUUUGUUUGGUUUGGGCAAAAAAUGUUAAGGAGGUGCAAAAUAGAUUUAUUUUACUCCUUUCUAGCCUAAUUCUCACUCCAUUUUGGGAGGAAAGUUAAUAGUGUCAUCUUACACCCUUAUUUUACUUCCUCCCUCUUGCCAAACAUAGCAUAAAUUUCAGUUGCAAUAUUUUAUUGACUUUUAUAUUCUGUCUCCUAGGAAAGUUUACACUUCACUUUUGAACUUCUGGAUUGAGAUUUAUCAUGAAGCAAGUUGUCAUUCACUUUCUCUUGCUCAAUCUCCUCCUUAGGGUUCUUUGAAUUACUAAGUAAAGAGAAAAACAGGAAAAUCCAUCAAUAACUUGUGAAGAAUCCAUUAAUUCCUGGUUUUGGCCUCUACAUGAGUUCAUCUUGCAACGAAUAAUAACAGAAGUAUUUCAGAAUUGUGCAGUUUAAAGUUGAUGCAACAACUAAGUGGAAAAUAAUUUGUUCUUAUCUGUCAGAAAGAUGCAGCAACAGUAUGGGUACUGACUGGCCCAAGAUUCCUCACAUCCCAUACAUUAACAUCGACAGAAGAUGGAUUCAAUUGGAUGGCCAUUAUUGGAAACAUUCAUCUGAUUUUUGUUCCAGUAUGUCCAAUCCCUUCAAUCUACGUCUUAGAUUUCAUCAAGUUAUUAAUCUUGGAUGUUUAUAUGUCAAUACUUGUUCGUAUGUAAUAUUUGAUGUUGCAGGUGGAUCAAAAUGUAUCUUUCAGUGCUCUCUCUUAAUAUCCUAGAAGGGAUGCGAAUAGUGUCUCAUUUGAGAAUGACAGUAUUCAAUUCAUUGGCAUCUCUGGUGUUAAAUUCUGUUCCUUUUUCCCUAAGUUUUUUUGUUCCUUUCUCAUUCUUCUAGGCGUGUUGCUAUACAACUUCAUAAGCUUUUCUAUGGGGCCAGGAAUUAUUCAGUUCUACUGAAUUCAACAGUGAGAGAACCAUUUGCUCUGAGAUCCAAUUGAGAUUGAACAUUCAUAUCCUUCAAGUUUCAAAUUAAUCUUGAAACAUGACAAAGGGAAAAUCAAGUUGUGCUGCUCGUGCCCGUAGCAGCUUGAGAUGGUGAACCAUGCAUGGUGUUAGGCUGGGGCAAGGCCUGGACUCAGAAGAGUUUGGUUACGAGUACAAAGCAGAAGACAAAUUUGAAAUUUGAAGGCAGAGGUAGAAAUAGAAAAGAACUACCAAUGAGGGACUUGUCCGUCCAACAUGAAGCUUCCUCACCUAAAUUUUAUCUGCAUUUGGACUUUGACCAUAAUUUCAUAAUAAAGCCUAAAAAAUUUUAUAUUUCAUGUCUUUCUAUUAGAUGCGAUUGUAACUUUAAUAUUCGACGGUCUUUUUUAUAAUGUGCUUUUGCACAUUGACUAUGUUCGUUAUAUAUUUGUAUUUUUUUAAUUUUUUUAAUUUAUAUAAUAUUGAAGCAUAAGUUUUUAUUUA